AGAUCCCUCUCCUGCUCCAGCGUGUCCCAGGAGCGAUGAGGGGGAACUGCCAUCAGCAGUGACGUGGGGAUGUGGCAGCUCUGCAACCGCCCAUUGCUGCACCACGAGUCACCUCCUGUCCAUCCAUCACUCCAACAUCUUUAUGGAGGCCAGAGCUGUUGGCCUACUCCAGCUCAUGAGUGAAGUCAGGACAACUGCUUGGAAAUCAUUGCUGAGGACAGCGGUGCCCUCGCUGUGGUGGCUGCAGGGAGUGGAGGAUCAGCUCUGCCUUGUCAACAUGAAGCACAGAGAUUGCCUAAUCUGUUCUCGUUAUUCAAUUAUGUGACUGCGGUAGCAGCGCUGGCUUCUGGCUGUAUCCCAUCACGGCUGGCACCACAUUCCUGCCCAGCCUCCAAGCACUUCAGACUCAGAGCUAUUAAAGUCCAGGGAUUAAGAACGUAAAAUGUCUCUCCAAGACAGAGCCUGUGCCCUCUGCUGUUGACAGUUUCCCCAUGUGAGCCCUCCACGGCGUAGCUGUGUACACCAGAGAAGGAAAUAAGAAGAACUUGGUCCCCAUGGCUUAAGCCCUGAGACACAAGGUGCUUUUCUUCCUCUGCCACUUGCAAGGAAAUGAAUCACCAUCAGGACGGCAUCUUCUGUGUGAGGCUUGGCUCAUCUUCUGAGUAGAAGCAAUGCAUCCACCCUGGCAGCCAGGAAACACCACGACCCUGGGCAAAGAGGCAAAAGGAAACAGAAUGUACACUUUGAGGAAAAGCUGAAGAUUUCAGUUUAUAAGGGAAAAGAAGAUUAUAGGGUUGAGAGGCAGCUUACAGAAAAGCACCUGUAGCUGCCUCUCCAUGCCAAGCCUCUCCUCAAACUGCUCAGCCCGCUUUAAGCCUCAGAAUCAAGUGCAAGAGUAAUCAGGACAGCACAGCACAGACAUGGAAACAGAACCCCAAAGCAUGAUCUAACCAGCUCUGUUCUCGUUUGCUGACUGCAUCCCAAGGCAACCCUGUUACCUGGGAAUGGUGGGAAUGGCUAACAUCACCUGCAGCACCCGAUCAGUAACGAGCAGCAUUUCCAUCAGCGCUUUCCGCUUGAUUUAUCGGUGCCUGCAAACAUCACCUGACUUUGGAUGGAGGCUUGAGAUCAAUCUGGCUAAAGUGGAAAAAAAAGAGCUAAAAGUCCUUGGUCGCCGUUGAUUCCCGGUUGGGAUUUGGUGCACGGCUCCACCUCAUGGCAACUGCACAAAUGUGCAAGGAAAGAGUCAGAGCUGUGGUUUGGCCUCGGAGGGUGAGAAAUGACAACGUUUCCUUCUUUGUAAAAUAAUCGCUGAGUGUCACCAAAUCAAACAGACUUAACCGAGACUCUGGAAAUCAGGCUCAGGUACAGCCGAAAUCUCAGUGUUGAGUUUUUACUGCUCAAGGCAUGAAAGUCGCACACAGGCUUUGGCUGCUCUGUGUCCUUUCCCCCCCUGCAUUAGUGGUGAGUAUCACAGGAUCAUUUAGGUUGAAAAAGCCUUCUAAGAUCAUCAAGUCCAGCCAUUAACCCAGCACUGCCAAGCCCAACACUAAAUCACACCCCCAAGUGUCUACACUCCUUUUAAAUGCCUCCAGGGAUGGGGACUGCGUGGCAGAAGUUUAAAGUGUUAUGGACUCAGUAAUUGAGACUUGUUUAUCGUCCGAUUCCUCGCAGGCUCCAUAUCCCGUGGGAUGUCCAGCACCGAUUGCAGGAGUUCCUGUGGCUGGUCCCCAGCAGCCCGAAGGCUGCCGAGGCAGGAGCCGGGUGGCUGGGGACAGCUCCGGGCACCCCUCCCGAGCAGUGCCACUGUCCCCUCAGAGCCCGCACACCAGCUCCGCGUUCCUCAAUCUCUGCUGCCCUCGCAUGGCACGUCUAGGAAAGAAAAUGAGCCCGUUUUGGGCAAAUCCAAAGGCAGGGUUUGAACAGGACAUCUGCCAUAGUGACCACCACUGCGGGCUCCAGGCAGUUUGGCAAGUGCUGAUGGUCGUGACCCUUUCUGCAGUAAUAAUGCUGAAACAUUGAUCAUCGCAGCACUUGGGCACAUUCAAAGCCAUGUUCAGUAAUAAAUUGGAGCUUCUCUAAAAUAGAUCUUGAAAUACAGACCUAACAAACCAACCCAUCGAUCUGCACGUGUGCAGGCAGGGAGUCCUUGCCUGCUCUUUGAUUUCUUUCUUGUCUUUGUGGUUCAAGCCAAGGCAGAGACAGCAAGAGGCAGAUGAGGACAGCAGAAGCAGGGACAGCCUUUUAUCAUUGUGGAAUCAGAGCACAAAGAGGAAGAAACCUCCGUUUGACACUGCUCAUCUCAGCAGUAUAUCAUUCAUUUUUCUGCACAGGAUUAAAGGUUGUUCAAGGGUGGUUCCUGUGCCAAAGCUGUGCCAUAUGACUGCUGAGGAGGCUGUUGGUACCUGGCCAAGUGAAGCAGAACCAGGAGGGGCUUCUGAGGCUGGUGUUUGCUGGAACUUGGAUUCAUUAUCAAUGGACCCAAGUGACUUCUGAAUCUGACAGCUCGGAAUAAGAGACUACUGUUACCUCCUGCUUGUAUAACACCCAGGAUCACCUGCACCCUUCAGCUCCCUGUGGUAUGUGCUGUGUACAGAUGUUUGGCUAUUAGCUUUUGCAGCUGUGGAAGUUGGCCUCUUGGCACGUGCAUUCUGCCUCUGUUCAUAUAAUUUCAAAAGCAGCUUCAUCAUAAAACACUGAAGGCUUUAAAGACGAAGAGCAAAAAAUGAAGUAUAGGAGAGAAACCGUGAUGUGAUUGAGACUUAUUCUGCUAUUCUCAUCCUUUUACCAUCAUGGCUCCUGUAAGAUGUUGUACUGUGAACUUGUAACUGAGUCACAUGUUAUGAAGAGAGAAACUUUUCCCAGGUUUGGCAUCUAGAAAAAUGUGAAGAGUCUUUAGCAAGAUGGCAUGAAAUUGUGAACAGUGAUGAGAUUGUAAUGAUCAUCUUCUUGUUUUGCAUUUAAAAUGAUCCACACCUUUUGCAGGUAGCUAGGCAGUAAAGCUGGUGGUGCUUGGUGAAGAACCUGUUGCUGCCUCAUUCCAGGACACUGAAAACCAUAAAAGUUUGAUUAAAAAGAAAAAAUGCCCAGAAAGAGUAUAAACUAUGGAGUGCUGCCGGAGUACGAGAAAAGCCAGAUCAAAAGGACUUUGGAGCUGGGAACUGUUAUGACAAUAUUCAGUCUUAAAAAGAGUAGCCCAGAAAGAAGGACUAUUCAAGUCAUAAUGGAAACCAGGCAGGUUGCAUGGAGCAAGACAGCUGACAAGAUUGAAGGUGUCUUGGAUCUGAUGGAAAUAAAAGAAAUUCGCCCAGGGAAGAAUUCAAAGGACUUUGAACGUUGCAGAGCAAGGCACAGAGAAGAACACUGCUUUACUAUAUUUUAUGGCACCCAGUUUGUCCUCAACACCUUAAGUUUAGCAGCUGACUCUAAGGAUGAUACUGAUAAAUGGUUGUGUGGCUUGAAUAUCUUGUAUCAAGAGGUCAUGAGUGCUCCCACACCUGCCAUCACAGAGAGCUGGCUGAGAAAGCAGAUCUAUUCUGUGGAUCAAAGUAGAAGAAAUAGUAUCAGUCUUAGAGAGCUGAAAACUGUCCUCCCCCAAGUGAACUUCAAAGUGAGCAGCAUGAAGUUCUUAAAGGAUAAAUUUGCGGAAAUAGGUGCUCAAAAGGAAGAGCUUACUUUUGAACAAUUUCAUUUGUUCUACAAGAAAGUCAUGUUUGAACAACAGAAAUCGAUUCUUGAUGAAUUCAAAAAGGAUUCCUCUGUGUUCAUUCUUGGAAACACUGACCGUCCAGAUGCUUCAGCAGUUCACCUCCACGACUUUCAGAGAUUCCUGCUACACGAGCAGCAGGAAUCUUGGGCACAAGAUCUCAGUAAAGUCAGAGAACGAAUGACAAAGUUUAUUGAUGACACUAUGAGAGAAACUGCUGAACCUUUCCUCUUUGUUGAUGAGUUCCUUGCUUACCUUUUUGCAAAAGAAAACAGUAUUUGGGAUGAGAAAUAUGAUUCAAUAGAUGUGCAGGAUAUGAAUAAUCCUUUGUCCCACUACUGGAUUUCUUCCUCUCAUAACACAUACCUGACAGGAGACCAACUUCGAAGUGAAUCCUCCACAGAAGCCUACAUCAGGUGCCUUAGAAUGGGAUGUCGAUGUAUUGAGUUGGAUUGCUGGGAUGGUCCUGAUGGGAAACCCAUCAUUUACCAUGGAUGGACACGGACAACAAAGAUCAAGUUUGAUGACGUAGUACAGGCAAUCAAAGAUCAUGCCUUUGUUACAUCUGAAUACCCAGUCAUUCUGUCAAUCGAGGAGCACUGUAGUGUGGAGCAGCAGCGACACAUGGCCAAAGUGUUCAAGGAGGUAUUUGGGGAUCAGCUUUUAGUGAAGCCUGUAGAAGCCAGUGCAGAUCAGCUCCCAUCACCAACCCAGCUGAAAGAGAAAAUCAUCAUCAAGCACAAAAAACUGGGGCCAAAGGGAGACAUUGAUGUGAACUUGGAAGACAAGAAAGAAGAAAAGAAGCAGCAAGGAGAACUUUACAUGUGGGACACAAUAGAACAGAAAUGGACUCGGCACUACUGUGCUAUUGCUGAUGAAAAGCUUUCAUUCAGUGAUGAUAUAGAACAGAAUGCUGAUGAAGAUUCAUCAAAGGAGGUGAAACGUACUGAACUGCACUUAAAAGAGAAAUGGUUCCACGGGAAAAUGAAAGGGGGGAGAACAACUGCUGAGAAACUGCUCCAGGAAUAUUGUGCUGAAAUGGGUGGCAAGGAUGGGACAUUCCUAGUUAGGGAAAGUGAAGCUUUCCCUGAUGAUUACACCUUGUCUUUCUGGAGGUCGGGGAGAGUCCAGCACUGCCGGAUCCGUUCCACAGGUGAUGGGGACACUGUGAAGUACUACCUGACAGACAACCUCACCUUUGACAGCAUCUACGAUCUCAUCCAGCACUACAAGGAGGCCCACCUGCGCUGUGCUGAGUUUGAGCUGCGCCUGACUGAUGCUGUGCCUAAUCCCAGCCCUCAUGAGACUAAAGAUUGGUACUACAGCAACUUGAGUCGGGGCGAGGCAGAAGACAUGCUCAUGCGAAUUCCUCGAGAUGGAGCCUUUCUGAUUAGGAAGAGAGAUGAACCUGACUCGUUUGCCAUGACUUUCAGGGCGGAGGGGAAGGUGAAGCACUUCCGAAUUCAGCAAGAAGGUCGUCACUUUGUGCUGGGAACCUCGGCCUACUUUGAGAGCUUGGUGGAGCUGGUGACAUACUACGAGAAGCACCGGCUGUACAGGAAGAUGAAGCUGCGGUACCCGGUGACGGAGGAGCUGCUGGAGCGCUACUGCACGGAAAAAGAUAUUAAUUCCCUCUAUGAUGUCAAGAUGUAUGUGGAACCCAGUGAAAUCACCCCCACAGUGCCUCAGAGAACAGUGAAAGCCUUGUAUGACUACAGAGCCAAAAGGAGUGAUGAACUGAGCUUCUCUCGAGGAGCUUUAAUUCAUAAUGUCACAAAGGAAACUGGAGGCUGGUGGAAGGGGGAUUAUGGAGAAAAAAUCCAACAUUAUUUUCCAUCUAAUUAUGUUGAAGACAUGUCAUCUGAUAACUCUGCUGAGCUUGAGAAUCAGAUUAUUGAGGACAACCCCUUAGGCUCUCUGUGCCGUGGCAUUCUGGUGCUCAAUACGUACAACGUUGUGAAAAUGCCACAAGGGAAGCACAAAAAGCCUUUUGUCUUCAUUCUGGAACCUAAGAAUCCAGAAGAUCCUUGUGUUGAGUUUGCAACCGAUAAAGUAGAAGAACUCUUUGAAUGGUACCAAAGUAUCCGUGAAAUCACUUGGAAAACUGCAGAAGAGGAGAACAGAAGGAAAUACUGGGAAAAGAAUCAAUUAAUUGCUAUUGAAUUAUCUGAUCUGGUAAUCUACUGCAAACCAACGAGCAAAACCAAGGACAAUUUAGACAAUCCUGAUUUCAAAGAAAUCCGUUCUUUUGUGGAAACCAAGGCAGAGAGCAUUGUGAAGCAAAAGCCAGUUGAGUUGUUGAAAUACAACCUGAAGGGACUGACACGUGUCUAUCCUAAAGGACAGAGGGUCGACUCAUCCAACUACGACCCAUUUCGCCUCUGGCUUUGUGGCUCCCAGAUGGUGGCUCUUAACUUCCAAACUCCAGAUAAAUACAUGCAAUUGAACCAUGCCUUGUUUUCACUUAAUGGACGCACUGGCUACGUCCUGCAGCCAGAGAGCAUGAGGAAUGAGGAGUAUGACCCAAUGCCAAACGACUCGAAGAGGAAAUUGCAGAUGAUUAUGACAGUGAGGGUUUUGGGUGCUCGUCAUCUCCCUAAACUCGGUAGAAGCAUCGCUUGUCCCUUUGUAGAGGUUGAAAUUUGUGGGGCUGAAUAUGAUAACAGCAAAUUCAAGACAACAGUUGUGAAUGACAAUGGCCUGAAUCCAGUUUGGGCACCCUGUGCAGAGCAAGUGAAAUUUGAGAUUUACGAUCCAAACCUGGCGUUUCUGCGCUUUGUUGUUUACGAGGAGGACAUGUUCAGUGAUCCCAAUUUCUUAGCACACGCCACUUUUCCCAUCAAAGGAAUCAAAUCAGGUUUCAGGGCAGUCCCUCUCAAGAACGGCUACAGUGAAGAUAUCGAGCUGGCCUCGCUUCUGGUUCACUGUGAAAUGCAGCAAGUUCUGGAGAGUGAAGAAGAGCUUUAUUCCUCCUGUCGGCAACUUCGGAAGCGCCAGGAGGAGCUUAACAACCAGCUGUUCCUUUAUGACACCCACAUGAAUUUAAGGAAUCCUAACAGAGAUGCAAUAUUGAAGGAAUUCAGUGUGAAUGAGCACAAACUACAGAUAUAUCAAGAGACGUGUAACCGCAGAUUAAAGGAGAAGAAAGUCAGUAACAGCAAAUUCUACUCUUAAAGGCCAUCAUUCAUUAAGGCUGCUUUAUGGUGCGAUUCAGGAAGAGAUUAAUUUAUCCUGGUCAUCCUACUCAAUGAUGGUCUCAUCAGAUGGAAUGACUGGAAGAAGAGGAGGAAGAGGAACGAUGGGUUUCCUUGAGAAUUUCUUAUUAUAAGAAAAACUGGUUUAAUUCCUAAUAAUUUAUAUUCUGUACAAAGCAUAUCCUCUGUGCAAGCCAGAGCUUUUGUGUAUUCAAGAUUUUUAAAACUUGAGGACAUGUAGUUGGAUAGACCUCACUUCUUAUUAUCAAUACCUGAAGUACAAGUAUAACUCAUCUCCUAUAUUUGUGUAUGCAGGCUGUAGAUAAGACAUUCACAACCACUUUCAUGCAUGGAAUCACGCCACUUUAACAACCUGGCUCCUCAAGAUUAACUAGUAGUGAGUUUUUAAUUUAUUAAAUGCUGUAAAAGCACUUCUACACCAGCAUUGUCACCUCAUGUAUGUUACAGUCCCUGGGGAUUGUGCUUCUGAUACUGUAUAAAAUAUUUUGGGCAGCUGAUAGCUUGUACCUUAUUGUCUCUUAUUAAAAGUUUUCUGUUGCAUUUUUGAGAACAAGAUAAUAUGUUAAUUUUGUUGAAAGCAAAUAGCCUUUUGUCACUGUAGUUGUGUUCUUCCUGUUGAACUCUCUGUAAAGGUUUAAGAAAGGAGCAAUGUGUGAACCUCUAUUCACAGCCCCUAUGAACUUACGUCACAACCUCAAGGCACUGGAAGGAAAAGUUUUAAGAUAUGCAGUAGGAGAUAUCUGUUUGUUUGCAGCAAGGGAAGGUAUUUGAAAUUCUGAGUAGCAUUUACUUUGUAUAGUAUCAUUUUUGCAGAUCCUUUCAGCUGCUAAUGUGCUUAGAAAUGAAUUUUUAAAUGAACUGUCAAUUUUUAAUCUUGCAGUUCUACUUAGAUGAUAGUAAAAUGAUAGUGUUCUGUAAAUGCAGACCAUUUUCCCAAAAUGUAACUAAUCCAAGAAUGAUAGUGUAAACAAAUAUAGAGGUACAUCAUUCUUGUGCCUUUAAUCAAAUCAAGAGCAUGGAGCUACAGAUGAGAAAACCUGUUAGAUUAGCAAGUGUGUUUUCCUGCCAGAGCAGGAAUAUUUAACAGCAGUUGUCAUAAUUUGUGUAUGUGCUGGUCCUUUGUGCUAGCACUGUUUUACUGCUAUCAAAUUUCUAGUUGCCUUAUCUCUGCAUGGGCGGAGUUUUGCUGUCUAUGUUCCCGACUUCAGCUUUCAAAUGUGUGCAGAGGAGUUUAGUUUUCUGCCUGAAUGGCUGCCUGAGGCAUCAGAUGCUGCAUACAUAGUGCUGUAUUUCUGAUCACAGAGGGCUUGCUUGGAUUUGGGAUUCAUGGCCUGAUGCAGCUGCCUCAGCAAUUUUCAGUUUCUCUUGCUCCCCACGCUGUGACUUCUGUUGUUUCAAGAGGCUCUUAAUUGAUGCCAUUGUGCAUUCACAGACGAUGGUUUGAGGAACCCCCUUGAGGUUUUAGCUGUUCUGUAAAGACAGCCUUGUCUCAAAGUUGAAAGUAUUUUAAUAGUGUAUCCCACAAUGGGGUGGCUUCUGUAAAUUUUUUAUUAUAAAGAAAUUAAUUACUAAUCACUCAGCUGAAAAACAGAGCAAAGUUAAAGGCAAUUCUCUGCUUUUCAUCCUCCUGCCUGAAAUCUCUUCAGUACCCACCUGUGAUUGACCUGUUCAAGGACUAGAUGGGUGCAAACCUCCCUCAGACAAAGCAAAAAAUCACAUCAACAGUGGAUUUGGGCUGCUGUAUGAAGCUGGUCUUAUCUGCAGUAUCCAGGUCUAGUGAGGUGAUCCAGUUGCUCUCCCUUUGGUGUGCACGUAUUCUGCAGCAUGUUGCAGGAUGUGCUUAGUUUGUCAUAUGAUCAGUUCCUGUGCUAUAUAUUUCAGUCAACAGCCUCUGUGAUUGCCAUGUAAUCCUGUGAGAACUCUGUGUUGUCAGUGUUGAUCAGACAAGGUGGCCCAAAGCCUUGUCUGGAAGGCCUUGAGGUUGUCGCUGCUGUAGGAUGAGAUUCAUGGGCAGCCAACUACCAGCAAGGUUUGGACUGAUCACAAAAACUAGACUACAAGAUGCCAGAGCUUAGGAAACUCAGACCUAGAGAUGGAGGCUGUUGCUGUGGUGAGGUUUUUGUUCUGUUUGUGGGCACUUCUUUUAAAGCUCAAUUCCAGAGCAGACACAAGCAAACUGUCCCUUUGUCCUGGCUUCCUUGGUUGGUAUUCCUGACACAGGACAACCAUUGUGUGAUGGACACAGGAGUUCCUUGUGCUGUUGUUGUGCAAAUAUUUAAGAAUUAGUACAUUUUGUAGUCCUUUGAAAAGUCCUGUGCACAUUCUCCACGCAUAUGUGAUGUCAGAAGUUAUGAGGCACUCCUUCAGUAUUUAUGAAAAUGCAUUUUGUUUUACAGUAAGACUUUUCUCCAGAGUAUGAUACACUGUAUGCAGAAUGAAAAUACUGUUUUGACUGUUUUGUUGACUUGCUAAUGAUGGGCAAGGCUGUAUUCUAACUCUUCCUUGGUUUCUUGCAUUCUGUUUUAAUCCAAGAUCUCACCUCUCAGUUCUUUGUCAGGGCAGACUCUGUAUCAACUUUUUCACAAUUGCAACUGUUUGAAUACGAAAGUAAGUCUGAAUGUGUGUGCUAAUUUUUUAAUCCAGGAGGAAAAACAUUUAUAAAUUUUUGAAGUUAACAAUUGUUAAAUUGUUAAAUUGUUAUAUUCUUAUCGGAACUGUUUUAAA